AUGUCGCCCAGCGCUGUUCAAGAACACGUGGACGAUGUCCCAACCUCGGCCAAAUCAUCCUCUCUGCCUCCCUUAGAGGCCGAUUUCUCUCCCUUCCGGUCUUUAGUCCCGCUCCUGGCCGACAACAGGCUCACCUACCUCAAUGCCUCCUACCAACCCCCCUCAAACCUGAUAAUCCACGGUGCCAUCGCCAAGUUCACCUCCGAUGCCCUUUAUAACCCUCAUCCGAAGCCCCAAUGGCAGAACGCCGUCGAAGAGACUCGUGCUCUAGUCGGUCGCUACAUCAACGCCGACCCAUCCUCUCUAGCCUUCACCCGUGACACAACAGAGGCACUGGGAUGCUUCAUCCGAAGCCUUAAGUUCGAGCCCGGCGACAACGUCGUCGUCUUGGACACGGAGCACCCAAACCACGUCUACGGAUGGAUGGCUCUCCGCAAAGCCGGUCUAGAGGUCCGACAGGUGCCGACCAUCCCCACCGCGGAAGAGACCGGGCACGUCACGGCCGCCAACGCCGCAACCUUUGCGCCCUACGUCGACGAGCGCACCAGGGCCAUCGGCCUCAGCUCCAUCAUGUUCCACAGCGGCCAGUGGAACGACGUCGCCGACAUCUGCGCAACAUACAGACCACGCGGAAUUCACGUUCUCGCAGACCUCACGCAACAGGUCGGCUUCGCAGAAAUGGACGUUCGAGCUCUGGGCGUUUCCGCGGCGGCGUUCAGUCUGCACAAAGGGCUGAACUGUCCAACAGGCUUCGCGGUUCUCUACGUGAACCCGGAGUUCAUCGCCGAAACCGACCCCACUCCGCCCAUUGUCGGCUACGGGGCCGUCAGCAACGUGCGCGCUGAUCUGUUGGUUCCCUCUGAAGAGGUGGUAUAUCACCCCUCGGCUCGCCGGUAUGAGCACCUGAAUUUGAGCUUGAUCAGUGCCGCGGCUGCAAAGGCGUUUCUGAGUUUUUAUCUGGAUUCCAUGGGCCCCGGGCGUGUGCAGGAGCACCUCUAUCGCCUGGGUGGCGUGUUGAGAGAGGAGUGCCGUAGCCUUGGGGUAAGGAUAGUCGGCCCUUCGGCCCGCAAGGAUCAUGCGCCUCAUUUGUACAUUUUGGAUUUGCACGACCCCAGGUGGAUGGAUCUCUUGAAGGAGAAUGGGGUGCUUGUUACACCCUACCGCCUGGGCAUCAGAGUUUCUUUUGGUUUCUUUAAUAACUCUUCAGACGUGAAGAAACUUGUUAGUGUCCUAAAGACAGGAUUAGAGGCGGGCCUUCCGUCGCCCUGA